AUUCUUUCGAACUCCAUCAUGCUCCCGCCGUCAUCUCAUACAUUUUUGGUCCUUUGAUAGCGUGCAUGUCCCGUCUUCGCCGCCCACCCAGGGCUCAGCCUGCCUCCCUCGAAGCUGAGAAUCCGUCAUGACACGUCGUUGAUGAGCUAUCCCUGCUUAACGUCUCCCAUGGAACCCUCCCGCCGCGGGAGAGCUUCUGUGUUUCUAAUGCGUAGCAUGCUGUUCUCGCCGGAAGUUUCUCACUGGGCUAACUCCAUAGAUAUUGCUCCAUUGGAUACUGACGAAGCCUGACUGCUUAAAGAUUCGGGCAUUCCCCAGAAAGCGUGGCACACAUCGCAGGCUGAGUUUCGUGCUUGAAGCGCUCCUUCCCCUCGCUCAGAGCCCAGCCGCUCCUUCCUGGAGGCCAGACCGCUGUGUGCCAGUAUACCUAGGUAACUUCCAGUGCAGUCACGGACGGCGGCUAGUACUAGUACUAUGGAUAACCUUCAAGCAAAGCCCGGCUUCCUGCCUGGAGUCUUUCACAAGAGAGGCAGAAGAGGCAAAGGAAAAGAACCCACUCCAGAAGAGGACGAGAAGAUGCCACAGCCAAAACCAAGUCGGUUGUUCACGAGCUUGCCAGAUGGCCCUCGAAACCACUUCGUCGCCAUGGCCGGCGAAUUCGUUGGCACCUUUCUGUUCUUGUUUUUUGCGUUCGCGGGUACCCAAGUAGCGAACACUCCUCAGACGACGACUGGUAGUACCAGCACCAAUCUGCCCCAAGGUCCAAACCCUGCCCAGCUCCUUUACAUCAGCCUCUGCUUCGGCUUUUCCCUUGCCGUGAACGCCUGGAUCUUUUAUAGAAUCUCGGGUGGGCUCUUCAACCCGGCUGUUACCCUAGGUCUGUGCUUGAUUGGUGCAGUUCCUUUCCUUCGAGGAGGCUUGGUUUUCAUCGCUCAAAUGUUGGGUGCCAUGGCGUCGGCAGGAGUGGUCAAAGCUCUGUUCCCAGGUCCUCUGGCUGUGACAACUUCUCUUAGUGGGGGGACCAGCAAAGCACAGGGGCUCUUCAUCGAAAUGUUCCUUACGGCCCAGCUCGUCUUUACGAUCUUCAUGCUAGCUGCUGAGAAGCACAAGGGGACAUUCCUAGCUCCGGUCGGUAUUGGCUUGUCUUUGUUCAUCGCUGAAUUGGCUGGGGUCUACUACACGGGCGGCUCUCUGAAUCCAGCUCGGAGCUUCGGUCCUUGCGUUGCCAACCGCUUUUUCCCAAGCGAACACUGGAUAUACUGGGUUGGCCCGUUCCUUGGGACUCUCAUCGCUUCCGGCUUCUUUUGGUUCAUCAAAGCCGCCGAAUACCAAACCGCCAACCCUGGUCAAGACUUUGACGAUCUUGAAGCUAGCGCGUACCAUCCGGAGGAAGAUCUGACCCGGCCAGUUGUUAGUCCCACAGCCGUGCUCGAACCUGUCUCAUCCCGCGAUGGUGCCUCAAGGAAUUCCAAGGACGGUCGGUCCAACUCGCUGUUGCCCGCUUGCGCUCCAUAUGACGGGAUUGACUCUGGUGAAGUCCACCAUGGUGAUUUUGAUGGUUCGGCACCAGUUCACCAGAGAACCACACUCGGUCCGUAAGUUCCGCCUUUCCUCAACGGCGCGGGUUAUUGGACGAUGGACGACAGUGGUUUCGCCGCCUCGUCUCCCUAGCACGAUUUCCAAGCCAAUCUUCCAUUGUACGACAAUUUGAUUUGAAGCAAGGGGUUCGGUAUGCUCUCUUUACGCUUGGUCGAUUCUUUGAGCGUGUGGGCCUAGAGUCAGUACAAGAGAUCAUUUCUGAGCCGUUGCUACCUGCAUUAUUCUCAUUGCAUGAUAAGAAGACCAGGCGUCGCAUUGGGUGGGAGUCACGGUAUCACGGAAAAGCAGUCUGACAUUAAGGUUGUAAGGUACAUCGGCUGUGAUAUAGUAAUACAGUUAUUCUACAGCCGCUUUUGGCAGACUAUGGUCCAUGAAACUCUGCGUCUCAUCCUAUGCCAAGAUGCUGCGACACAAAUUCAGGUCAAGACUCGAGUGCUCUCCAACGUGAGCUGAAGCUGGAACACAAGCGACUCAAGGCGCUAAGGUCCUUCUCGGGCCAUGAGGCAUUAUAUGAUGGCCCCAGUAUUUAGGCUUUGCCUGCAGCUCCAUUGCCACAUUGUCCAAAUGUGGUGUAUUGCACCAUCAACGACGACGAUGGCCCUUGUCAAUGAGGCGGUGGGAGAUCCACCGACCUCGCAAGAGGUCCCCUGACAAUAAGUGCCCAGGAAUCUCGCAUUCUGAUUUGCACGA